CCUGAGAUGAGGCUGCUGGUUUAAAACAAACACAAGGCUUCCUAUAUAAGGACCAGCCAGCCACCAGGCGUCACCUCCACCAGGAAUCCCAGGCCCAUCUGUCCCAACCCAGCUGAGGCCAUGCCUUCCCCGGGGACCAUCUGCAGCCUGCUGCUCCUCAGUGUGCUCUGGGUGGACUUGGCCAUGGCAGGCUCCAGCUUCCUGAGCCCUGAACACCAGAAAGCUCAGCAGAGAAAGGAGUCCAAGAAGCCAGCGGCCAAACUGCAGCCCCGAGAGCGAGAGCUCGAAGGCUGGCUCCGCCCAGAAGAUGGAAAUCGGGAGGAAGGGGCAGAGGAUGAGCUGGAAAUUCGGUUCAACGCCCCCUUUGAUGUUGGAAUCAAGCUGUCAGGGGCUCAGUCCCACUGGCAUGGCCAGGCCCUGGGGAAGUUUCUUCAGGACAUGUUUUGGGAAGAAGCCAAUGAGGUCCCAGCAGACAAGUGACCAUCCACAGGACGGGCCCACCUCUUUGUUUUCCUACUACCCUUAGAAGUGCUCACCGUGGCUUUCAGAUUGCUUCUACAACUCCCAGCUCUGAGUGGUACUAGCUUAGGAGCUGAAUAAAUAUUCAAAAUGUGUGCUAAAUGUUCAUAAUGAGAAUUAUUUCACCAAAGAGGAAAA